CUAGUCUGCCCGCCCUGCGGUUCCGGAGCGUCACGGUGCUCCGGGGCCUGAGGUCCUGUCAGGUGAGGAGGUCGCGCCGGCAGAGGCUCCGGCUGUGGCAACUCGGUGCUGGAAGCUCCUGCCGGGGCGAGUUUAGUUGUUAAGUGGGCGCGGCACCACCCCGCUGCCUCCUUCCCUUGUGGCAGCCAUGGCGAAAGGCAGAGUCGUCGAACGAUCGUCGCCGGAGGCACUGCACACGACCCCAGUGCGAGAUGGGGCGGCGAGGACGCGAGGUCCCGCGGCGUCAGGUAGCGGAGACCACCUGAAGGAAAAAGCCUGGGCAGAAGCUGGGUCAGCAAGAAUGUCACUCCUUAUAUUGGUGUCCAUUUUCUUAUCUGCAGCUUUUGUUAUGUUUUUGGUAUACAAAAAUUUUCCUCAGCUUAGUGAAGAAGAAAGAUUGAAUAUGAAGGUCCCCAGAGAUAUGGAUGAUGCCAAGGCUCUAGGAAAAAUUUUAUCCAAAUAUAAGGACACCUUUUAUGUACAAGUACUUGUAGCUUAUUUUGCUACAUAUAUUUUCUUGCAAACAUUUGCUAUACCAGGCUCUAUAUUUCUCAGUAUACUCUCAGGGUUUCUUUAUCCCUUUCCACUAGCCUUAUUUCUUGUUUGUUUGUGUUCUGGACUUGGUGCCUCAUUUUGUUAUAUGCUCUCCUAUUUAGUUGGGAGACCGGUUGUGUACAAAUACCUAACAGAGAAAGCAGUAAAAUGGUCACAACAGGUUGAACGUCAUAGAGAACAUCUCAUUAACUACAUUAUAUUUUUAAGAAUAACACCAUUCCUGCCUAACUGGUUUAUUAAUAUUACAUCUCCUGUGAUAAACGUGCCUUUGAAAGUUUUUUUUAUUGGCACUUUUCUAGGUGUUGCACCUCCAUCUUUUGUAGCAAUUAAGGCAGGAACAACUCUGUACCAGCUUACAACAGCAGGGGAAGCUGUUUCCUGGAACUCAGUAUUUAUUUUGAUGAUCUUGGCUGUUCUUUCUAUUUUGCCAGCCAUCUUCCAAAAAAAACUAAAGCAGAAAUUUGAGUAAAAAGUUGCCAAGUUUUUCAUUUUCCUUCCAUCAUCAUCAUCAUCAUCAUCAUCAUCUCAAGAUUGGCAGGUGCAUCCAUUUAUGUUUUUAAAUCACAUCUUCAGUAAUUGAAACAAGGAAUUUGUAAAAUAAAACUUCCUAUCAGUUUAAAAUAAUGGUUUUAAAUGGUAAGGGGACGAAGAAAGCAUAAAUUGACAUUGAUAUACUCUGAAAAAUGCUGUCUAGUUAAUGGUGGACAUCUUAUAAAUUAUGGUACUAAAGGUAGUUAUAGAUAAUAGCAAUGUGGUAGAAAAUAUUCAAUUAACAUUUUUCUCUUUUAAGUCUAAUAACUAAAAUAUAUUCUAGACUUUAUAAAUAGUGUUACAGUUCUUGCUAAUGUUAGCCUUCUUUCAGCAAAUAAAACAGAUAACUAAUAAGAGAUUUAUGUUUUCUUCCUCUUUGUAUCCUUUAAGGUAAUGGAUUUGUUUAGAGAUUACAUCUUAGUUGACCACAGAAUAUGGAAAAGAUAGCAAGUUACCUAUUUUGUGAAUUUUAUUUUUCUGUUCUAAAUUUUUAUCAUGCACUAGUCUGAAAUUUAAAAUUCUGGCUAGGCUGUUUUCAUUCUUUUUUCUAGCUUUUACAGUAUUUCCACUGUACAUAUACAAAACAUGAAUUACAUGAUAACUAUCAUUUGGUGUUGAUAAUUUGUAUGCUCAGAUAAUAUUUUGUUAUAAUACCUCUAUCACAGGAGGGGAUCUAAAAAACAAACACUCAAAGUAUGCAGUUUUUAAACAUUAGGUUAAUUAUAUUUUGAAAUAGAAACAGUGGAAGGACAGCUCUUAAGUAGUUAAAUAUAGUUUGUUUCAGUGACUAAAAUUUACCUCAUUUAUUUAUUAGUCUAGUCAUUAAGGAAGGUGUUAUGUAAUUAUCCUUUUCAUGCAUGGUAUACCUAUAAGAAUGCCUUAUUUCAUUUCUGUUUGGCUUUUUAGUUUGGGACUGCUUUUGAUUAAUGCAGUUUCCCAGUUAGUGUUUUUACUUUUUCUAACUUACAAAGUAAAAUUAAUUUCUCACAUGGGAAAUACAAUAUUUAAAUAGUUCUGGAAAAAUGAACCCACUUUUGCUGCUUGGUUAAUGGUUAUGCCUUGGAUUCCUUGAUUCUAGGACGUAGCCAAUCUAAAGUACUCUUGUCAGUUUUACCUUUACCCCAAAACUGUCGUUAUGUUGAAAAGUACUUCAGCUGUGUGAGAAGCCCUUGUGUAUUUUUAUUAUGAGAGGUAUAACCAUCUUCAAAACUUGUUUUCUGCUACAUAAUGUGGAUUAAUUCUUUAUUUUUUCUGUCACAGUAUUAAUAAAUGGGUUUAUUGUAAAUACAAAGAAAAUAUAUAGAUUAAUAUAGUAUUCUUAUGUCACCUGGCAUUUUGUUAGAAAUUAUUUAUUGUUACUUUUAAUAAGAUUUUCUUCUUUUAUUACUGGCCAGAAACUGGGUGAUAAAGCUUUUGUUAUUUUUACAAAUAAACUUAAAACACAGCCUUUUUGGACAAAGUUCACUAAAUAUACCUGUAUGAAAGAUACUUGAGUGAAUUUUUAUGAGCCUUUUAAAAAUAAAAGAGCUUGGAUUCAG